GCAGGACAGGAAUAAUUUGAAUGCCAACCAAAAACCAGUUGUUCUAAGAAAAAGGCGACAAAGGAUUAAAAUAGAAGCAAACUGGGACCUCUUUUACUACAAAUUUCAGAUGGAUCAUGCCAAAUCUAACUUAAUCUGGAAUUACAAAACAAGAGAAGAAUUAAGAGAUGCAUUUGAAGCAGAAAUAAGGGCUUUUAACAUUGACAAGGAAUUGGGAAUUGCUAGUGUUAUUUCUUGGAAUCACCAGGAAUUUGAAGUUAGGUAUGAGUGCCUUGCAGAUGAAAUCAAAAUUGGAGAUUAUUAUCUACGCCUAUUGUUGGAGGAAGGUGAAAAUGAAGAGACGAGUACAAUCAAGAGAUCGUAUGAAUUUUUCAAUGAGUUGUAUCAUCGCUUCUUGCUUACCCCUAAAGUGAAUAUGAAGUGUUUAUGUUUACAAGCUUUGACCAUUGUUUACGGCAAAUGCUAUGAGGAGAUAGGACCAUUCAGUGAUACUAAAUACAUUGUUGGAAUGCUGGAAAGGUGUACAGACAAACUGGAGAGAGACCGACUAAUUCUUUUCCUAAACAAACUGAUUCUUAACAAGAAAAAUGUUAAGGAAAUCAUGGAUUCCAGUGGAGUUAGAAUCCUUGUGGAUUUGCUUACUCUUGCACAUCUUCAUACAAGCAGAGCUACUGUUCCAUUGCAGAGCAAUGUUAUUGAAGCAUCACCAGAUAUGAAGAGAGACAGUGAAAAAGAAUGGUACUUUGGAAAUGCUGACAAAGAGAGACUUGGUCCUUAUAGCUUUGAAGAGAUGCAAGAAUUCUGGAAAAACGGUGUAUUGACGCCAAAGACUCGUUGUUGGGCACAGGGCAUGGAUGGCUGGCGGGCACUGCAGGCAAUACCGCAACUAAAAUGGUGUCUUUUAGCCCAUGGGCAGGCUGUGCUGAAUGAAACUGACCUUGCUACUCUUAUUCUAAAUAUGCUCAUUACCAUGUGUGAAUAUUACCCCAGCAGGGAUCAGGACAAUGCAAUCAUCAGACCCCUACCCAGAAUUAAACGGCUGCUUACAGACAAUACAUGCCUCUCUCACAUUGUUCAGCUGUUGGUUACUUUUGAUCCAAUCCUGGUUGAGAAAGUUGCCAACUUGUUGUACCAUGUGAUGCAAGAUAACCCACAGUUACCUCGCCUUUACCUUAGUGGUGUGUUUUUCUUUAUAAUGAUGUACACGGGUUCCAACGUGCUUCCAAUUGCAAGGUUUUUGAAGUAUACUCAUCUGAAACAGGCAUUCAGAUCCGAAGAGGCAAAAGGACAAGAUCUAGUACAACGGAGUGUGCUGGGACACAUUUUACCUGAAGCAAUGGUCUGUUACUUAGAAAAUUAUGAAUCUGAAAAGUUUUCUGAGAUUUUUCUAGGUGAAUUUGACACUCCAGAAGCAAUUUGGAGCAAUGAAAUGAGACGUUUGACGAUUGAGAAGAUUGCUGCUCAUUUGGCAGAUUUUACUCCACGCCUGCAAAGUAACACCAGAGCAUUGUACCAAUAUUGCCCUAUUCCUGCGAUCAGCUAUCCCCAACUAGAGAAUGAACUCUUCUGUAACAUCUACUAUCUUAAACAUCUCUGUGAUGCAACACGUUUCCCUGAUUGGCCAAUAAAAGAUCCAGUAAAAUUGCUCAAAGACACUCUUGAUGCCUGGAAAAAAGAAGUGGAAAAGAAGCCACCUUCAAUGUCAAUCGAUGAAGCAUAUGAGGUUUUGAACCUUCCAAAGGGACAAGGAAUGCAUGACGAGAGCAAAAUCAGGAAAGCCUACUUCAGACUUGCUCAGAAAUAUCAUCCUGACAAAAAUCCUGAUGGCAGAGAUAUCUUUGAAAAGGUGAAUAAAGCUUAUGAAUUCUUGUGUACAAAGUCAAUUAGAAUGGUAGAUGGACCCGAUCCAGAGAACAUUAUCCUCAUCCUGAAAACGCAGAGCAUCCUCUUCAACAGAUACAAACAGGACCUAGAGCCCUAUAAGUAUGCAGGAUACCCGAUGUUGAUUAAGACCAUUACCAUGGAAACUUCGGAUGACCAACUAUUUAGCAAGGUGUCCUUGUUACCAGCUUCCACUGAAUUGGCUUUUCAUACUGUCAACUGCUCAGCAUUAAAUGCUGAGGAACUUCGUAGAGAGAAUGGAAUAGAGGUUCUACAAGAUGGCUUUGCGCGCUGUGUGGCAGUGUUAACAAACUCAAGCAAAAAGGGUGAUAUGGCCGUUGAGGUGUGUGGCCACAUCUGUAAAUGUUACAGUGUUGCAGCUCAGUUUGAAGAAUGCAGGGAAAAAAUAACAGAAAUGCCCAACAUUAUAAGAGACCUGUGCAGAUUGCUGUAUUUUGGAAAAAGCCUACCACGAACGGCCAUGCUGGCAGUAGAAUGUGUUGCUUCCUUUGCUGUGGAUUACUGGUUACAAACGCACUUGUUCCAAGCCGGUAUUCUGUGGCAUCUUCUAGUCUACCUCUUCAGUUAUGAUUACACACUGGAAGAAAGCGGAAUUCAAAAGUGUGAAGAAACAAAUCAGCAGGAAGUUUCUAAUUGUCUUGCAAAGCUCUGUGUGACAGCACUGAGCCGGUUAGGUGGCUAUUUACCGGGUGAAAAGGCAACACCUGAAAAUCCUACGAUAAGGAAAUGUUUGGCAGCUUUGUUAUCACCUUAUGUCUCAAGAAGGCUCUCAAAAGAUACUCCAGCAGAGAUUCUCAAGAUGCUCAACAGUAACACUGAGAAUCCAUAUUUGAUCUGGAGCAAUGGAACACGGGCUGAGUUGCUGGAGUUCCUCGAAGGGCAACAGGAAAGUAUGGUAAAAAGGGGGGAUUGUGAUAAAAAUUAUGGCGCUGAGUUUGUUUUCAGUGAACAUGCUAAAGAGCUCAUUGUUGGUGAAGUUUUUGUCAGAGUUUACAACGAACAACCAACAUUUCCAUUGGAGCUUCCAAAAACUUUUGCAGCCAGCCUCCUUGAUUACAUAGGAUCACAAGCACAAUACCUGCACACACUGAUGGCUAUCACCCAAACUGGGAAAGUGGAAUCUGAUCAGCAUGAAGACAGGUUAAGGCGAGCUGAAAUGGCUCUAGAGGCAUUACGUAACGUCAUCAAAAACAAUCCAGGUGCUGAGACUGAAUGUAUUGGGCAUUUCAAACUGAUAUUUUCUCUUCUGCGAGUGCAUGGAGCUGGUCAGGUUCAACAACUUGCCUUGGAGGUAGUGAACAUAGUGACAGCUAACCAGGAAUGUGUAAAUAACAUUGCUGAAUCACUGGUCCUAUCUAAUCUCCUAGUUCUGCUGCAUUCUUUGCCAUCUAGUCGACAGCUUGUCCUUGAAACCCUUUAUGCUUUGAUGUCAAACACUAAGAUCAUAAAAGAAGCCAUGGGAAAAGGUUCCCUUAUAUAUCUAUUAGAUAUGUUUUGUAAUUCAACUCAGCCUCAGGUUCGAGCACAGACUGCAGAGCUCUUUGCCAAAAUGAUUACAGACAAACUCAUUGGACCAAAGGUGAGAAUCACGUUGACCAAAUUUCUACCAAGUGUCUUCAUGGAUGCUAUGAGGGACAAUCCUGAAGCAUCUGUGCACAUAUUUGAGGGGACGCAUGAAAACCCAGAGCUAAUAUGGAAUGACAAUUCCAGGGAAAAGGUGUCUGCAACAGUCCGACAAAUGAUGCUAGACCACUUCAAGCAACAGCGUGACAAUCCAGAUGUGAAUUGGAAGUUACCAGAAGACUUUACAGUCGCCUAUAGUGAAGUUGGAGGUGAAUUGUCAGUAGGAGGAGUCUUCUUGAGGAUCUUUAUUGCACAACCUGGUUGGGUUCUACGUAAACCUCGAGAAUUCCUUAUUGGACUGCUGGAUAAACUCACGGAGCUGCUAGAAACAAAUAAUCCUCAUGGUGAAACUUUAGAAACCGUUACCACAGCAGCAGUCUGCCUCUUCCAUUCCCAGCCUCAGCUGGCAGACCAGGUACCUCCAUUAGGCCACCUACCUAAAGUUAUUCAGGCUCUGAACCACAAAAACAAUGUCAUCCCCAAGUCAUCAAUCCGGGUCAUUCAUGCUCUUUCUGACAAUGAGUUAUGUGUCCGAGCCAUGGCAAUGCUGGAAACUAUUGGGCCUUUAAUGAAUGGAAUGAAGGCGCGAUCGGAUAUGGUAGGCCUUGCCUCGGAAUCUUUGAAUCGAAUGUUCCAGAAGGAGCAGACUGACUUGGUAGCACAGGGUCUGAAAGUGGAAUUGGUGCCAUAUCUCCUGCGGCUAUUAGAAGGAAUAGGACUUGAGAAUGUUGAAAACCCAGCUGCCACAAAAGCACAGAUUGUAAAUGCACUUAAAUCAAUGACACGGAGUCUGCAGUAUGGUGAACAGGUGAAUGAAAUUCUGUCUCGUUCCUCUGUAUGGAGUGCCUUCAAAGAUCAAAAGCAUGAUUUGUUCAUUUCUGAGACGCAAUCGGCAGGAUAUCUUACAGGUCCUGGGAUUGCUGGCUAUCUUACUUCAGGGGCAAUGUCAACAGUAAUCCCCAGUGGCCCACCCCCUGUAGAUAAUGAAGUGGUUAACCUGGCCAGAUGAAAUGAGAUCUACACUCCUUGCCUUGAAGAUUGAACCAGUUGCAGUCAUGAACCACUCACUUUUACUACGACCCUCUGAACAAAUACAACUAUAAAGAAGUGAACUUUCUUCUCCCACUUGUUGCAUUUGCAAACGUAAUGCUCUCUCGUUUUUAUUUGUAAAGUAAUUUUUACAAGUGACCCAAUCUGUUCAUUUUAAAAAUAGUAUGGAUCAGAGAUAGAAGACUCAAGUAUUCUCUCUUUGCACCUGGUAUCUCUGACUGUGAAUCUAAAUACUGGAUUUUUUCUUAAUUUUGCAGUUGACCGUUUACAGUUUUUGUGUUUAUAGGGUAGCACAAAGAUGAAAUCUUUAUCCAACUACACAUCUCCCUGGCUGCCAUUUUAAAGGCACGAUAGGAGGCAAGAUUUUGUGGAAAGCAACAUUUCCAUUAAUUUAACCAGUUUCCUAGAUCAGGCCAAGGACCACUGCUGAUUAUGCUUGCUAAUCUUUAAUGAGUCAGCUUAGUACAACAUCAUUGUAAAGCAUUGUAUAACUGCCUUCUAUUUCUGAUUGAGAGAGAGUUUCAGAAAAAUGCUAACUUGGACAUUCACAUAUUAUAAAUACUUAGUGUAAUUGUGACCUGUGCUAUAUAAUACCAAUGUGUAAACUUUCUAUAUUUGAAUGUACAAUAGUAAAUCAGUCCUACUUGUACAUAAAAAUUUUAAGAAUAAAGUACAAAGGGAAUUAGCAUCCUGAAGUGUGUAACGUUGUACCAUC